AUGUAUGGGCUUCGCAGCAUCAACAACAUGUACUCGGAGCAUGCUGGGCAGCGCAGCGACUUCAUCAUCGUCGGCCACCCUGAGUUCCAGCAGGGCAAGGUCCGUAGCACCACGCGGACUUUCCCAUCGUGGGACAUGAGGCAGAUUCCAAGCAAGCCGGGACACAACAUGGCCAAAUCGCGGUCAAUCCCAGCCUUGGUGCGACAGCUUAGU